CUCGCGCUGCACGGGGGCUACGUUGGCGCGGUACUCGUCUUCGUGGCACUUGACGCGCAUGCCAAUCUCGGAAAAUGGCCGGUGGAGCGGUGGGCGCUGGAGGCACGGAGGAGAGCUUGGAGCAAGACGCGGACGGACACGUGAAACUCAAAGUGAUCUGUCUGGGUGACAGCGCGGUGGGGAAAUCGAAGCUCGUGGAGCGAUUCCUCCUGGAUGCCUACAAGCCUCACCAAGCGUCAACCUACGCACUUACGCUGUUACGGCACAAGACGAAAGUCGAUGGCGAACCUGUUAUUGUUGAUUUUUGGGACACUGCAGGCCAAGAGAGGUUCAAGACACUGCACCCUUCCUAUUACCACCACGCGGACGCCUGCAUUCUGGUAUUCGACAUCACGAGGAAGAUCACAUACAAGAACCUUUCGAACUGGUACAAGGAGCUUAGAGAGCACAGGCCCGCCAUACCUUGCCUUUGUGUAGCGAAUAAAAUUGACGCUGACAGCACUGUCGUGCAAAAGAGCUUCAACUUUGGAAAGAAAAACGGAAUGCCUUUCUACUUCGUGUCCGCUUCUGACGGCACAAACGUCGUCAAAAUGUUUCGAGAUGCCAUUUCGGCCGCAUACAGGUAUCGAAAGGAUCCCACUGAUUUUAUCGAUCAAGUGUUGCAAGAACUGGAGGGUUUCAGCAGUGAAGGCGAGACUGAAGACGUGUCUUCAACUUCAGGCGGGAGUCCAUCGGUGAAGCCACUGUGAAACCAGACUGAGGUGACCGUACAGAGAACGACGCGAAGCAAUCUCUGCCGUGUGUGAAUGCGAUUUGCCUAAGACUGUCUUAAAUUGGGGUGAUGUGAAUUUGGUGCUCUCGUAUAGCAAUUCUCACUUCAAUAAGAUACUAUCGCUUUGAAAGCCGC